AUGCCUCUUAUUCAAGAAUCCUACGACCACCUUCCCUAUGUGGAUGCGGAGCUUGAUGCCGCGAGCCUCGCUGCUGCCAAAGCCGUUAUCAUCGCCGACAUGAGAAGCGCCGGUGUAGACAUGACUGAAAUGCAUCCCGCCCUGGUCCCGGCUGCAAAGUACACACCUACCUUUUCCGACUUCAUCGCCCGCGAACAUGCCCGGCUCGACGACGACCCCACCUCAAAACUAUCUGGCGUCGACCUGAAGCGCUACGAGGACCUUGACGCACCAGAGAACACGACUCCGACCAGCGACGAGGAUAGGCCAGAGCUGCUUGAGCAGUGGAACAAGGCACUGAAGAAGGCCUACACCAGCUCAGAGUAUGUAGAGGCCAGGCUCACCCAACUGGGAUUGCUAGAGAAGUUCGGAAAGAAUGCGUGGCUGGUUGGCAACUCCCAGCUGGAGGACAUACUCAAAGGCAUCGAGGCAGAGUUAGCCGAUGUGAGGAAACAGCAUGAAGAGGCGGAGAUGCUGAGGCGGUCGCAACAAGAUAGCGUCGUUGGCGAGAUCAAGACGCUCGAGGAGACGUGGAAGAAGGGGCUGGGAAGAGUAUUGGAGACGGAAGUCGCAGCCGAGGGACUGAAGCAGCAGAUAAUGGAGAAGAGGAGGGCUGGUGCUGUGUGA